AUGGCGCCAGCACAGAUCGAGUACCCCGCGUGGUUUGAGCGCAUUUACGCCAAGACGAAGGAGCCGAACCCCAAGGACUUUGACGAGGACAUCUCGGAAUUCGGAGAGUCCGAGCCCCCCGAGUAUGAAUUCGAUGGCGACCAGACGGAUGAGAAGUACGACUACUACUUCUCCUUUAUCAAUCAACGCGAACAGCGCAAGGAGGAUCUGAAGCAGAUGAAGGAGGGCAAGGCCAGCCAGCUGGAGCUGGAGGAGGGCAAGAAGGCCAAGGUGCAGGCCGCGUACGAGGCCAUGGCCGCGGCGGAGGCGAGCGGGGAGGACCUGACCAUCGACCCGGAAUCCUUCUACGCCAAGAUGUUCAACCUUUACUCGCCCGAGUUCGUGGAAUGGACCUACCACCACUACCAGCUCGUCGGCGCCAAUGUGGGCUUCUUGGAACUGCGGAUCUUUGACGAGGAGGAGAUGCUGGUCAAUGGCAACGUUCUGCUCAACACGUACAACUUCAGCAGCAUCGAGGCCCACGGGACCCAGAGCUCCGCCGGCACAACCGAGCAUCGCAUUGGCCUUUCCAAGAAUGAGGGGCAGCCAGCGGAGGAAAUCGGGAUGAACCUGAAAGAGGACACUGGCGAAUGGAGCUUUGGGCUAGUGAUUAUCAACGAGGACAAUGUGCUGGUGCGCCUGAGCCGGGAAUUUGUCUUCAGGUCUCUUUCCACUGUAGAGAUCCCUGCUGAUGCGCCGGAAGUGUUUGAGUUUUGGGGCAUCAGCCAGGACACGGAUUAUUAA